AUGGAGCUCUCGGAGGUGCGGUGCCUGAGCGACAGCGAUGAACUUUACACCAUCAACAGGACCCCCCCCGGCAGCGGCAGACCCCAGCGCCUGCUGUGGCAGACGGCCGUGCGCCACAUCACCGAGCAGCGCUUCAUCCAGGAGCACAGCAGCAGCAGCGGCGGCAGCAGCAGCGGUGGGGGCAAGGGCUUCAGCUCCGAGGAGACCUGCUGCCCCAACCACCACCCCCAUCCGCCGCACCACCACCACCACCACCACCACCACCACCACCACCUCCGGCGACAUCUUCCCGAGCGCACGAGCAGCAGUGGGGACCUGGGCUUUCUGCCCCUGGACUGUGCCCCCAGCAACUCCGACUUCUUCCUCAACUGGGGCUAUACCUAUCGCGGGGUGAUCUUCCCCACUCUCCGCAACUCCUUCAAGUCUCGGGACUUGGAGCGCCUUUACCAGCGCUACUUCUUGGGCCAGCGGCGCAAAUCUGAGGUGGUCAUGAACAUCCUGGACGUGCUGACCAAGCUGACCCUGCUGUUCCUCCACUUGACCCUGGCCUCUGCUCCCAUGGACCCCAUUAAGGGCAUCCUCUUGGGCUUCUUCACUGGCAUCGAGGUGGUGAUCUGUGCCUUAGUGGUGGUCAGGAAGGACACGACCUCGUACACCUACCUGCAGUACAGCGGUGUGGUCACUUGGGUGGCCAUGGCCACACAGAUCCUGGCGGCCGGCCUGGGCUGUGGCCUCCUUGGGGACGGCAUCGGCUAUGUGCUCUUCACGCUUUUUGCAACCUACAGCAUGCUCCCGCUGCCACUCACCUGGGCCAUCCUGGCUGGGCUGGUCACCUCUGUCCUGCAGCUCGUCAUGCAGCUGGUUAUCCCCAGGUUGGCCGUGACUUCCCUCAACCAGAUAGCGGCUCAGGCAGUGUUAUUUAUGUGUAUGAACACUGCAGGAAUCUUCAUUAGCUACCUAUCAGACAGAGCACAACGUCAAGCCUUCCUGGAGACCAGAAGAUGUGUAGAAGCCAGACUGAGACUAGAGACAGAAAAUCAGCGACAGGAACGGCUGGUACUCUCUGUCUUACCACGGUUUGUAGUCCUGGAAAUGAUAAAUGAUAUGACCAAUGUAGAAGAUGAACAUUUGCAACAUCAGUUUCAUAAGAUCUACAUUCAUCGUUAUGAGAAUGUCAGCAUUCUUUUUGCAGAUGUUAAAGGAUUCACCAACCUCUCCACAACUCUGUCAGCCCAGGAGUUGGUCCGAAUGCUGAAUGAACUCUUUGCCAGAUUUGAUCGACUAGCACACGAACAUCAUUGUCUCAGAAUAAAGAUCCUGGGGGACUGUUACUACUGUGUGUCGGGGCUCCCAGAACCUCGCCAGGACCAUGCACACUGCUGUGUUGAAAUGGGGCUCAGCAUGAUCAAAACUAUCAGAUAUGUUAGGUCAAGAACGAAGCAUGACAUUGACAUGAGAAUAGGGAUACACUCGGGAUCGGUUCUGUGCGGAGUGCUGGGCCUGCGAAAGUGGCAGUUUGAUGUCUGGUCAUGGGACGUGGAUAUCGCAAAUAAACUCGAGUCAGGUGGAAUUCCUGGGAGAAUUCACAUCUCCAAAGCCACUCUGGACUGCCUGAACGGGGAUUAUAAAGUUGAAGAAGGGCAUGGCAAAGAGCGUAAUGAAUUUUUGAGGAAACAUAACAUUGAGACUUAUUUAAUUAAACAACCUGAGGAGAGUCUGUUGACUUUACCUGAAGAUAUUGUGAAAGAGGCUGUCAGCUCCUCCGACAGGAGAAACAGUGGAGCAACGUUUACUGAAGGAUCCUGGAGCCCUGAACUUCCGUUUGAUAACAUAGUGGGAAAACAGAAUACUCUGGCUGCCCUAACAAGAAAUUCAAUAAAUCUGCUUCCAAACCAUCUUGCACAAGCUUUGCAUGUCCAGUCUGGGCCUGAGGAAAUUAACAAGCGAAUAGAGCACACCAUCGACUUACGGAGUGGCGAUAAAUUGAGAAGAGAGCAUAUCAAGCCUUUUUCACUGAUGUUUAAAGACUCCAGCCUGGAGCAUAAGUAUUCUCAAAUGCGGGAUGAAGUAUUCAAAUCAAACUUGGUGUGCGCAUUUAUUGUUCUUGUAUUUAUCACCGCUAUCCAAAGCUUACUUCCUUCUUCCAGGGUGAUACCAAUGGUCAUUCAGUUUUCUAUUCUGAUUAUGCUGCACUCCGCUCUUGUGCUAAUCACUACAGCAGAAGAUUACAAAUGUUUACCCUUAAUGCUCCGGAAAACUUGCUGCUGGAUUAAUGAGACCUACCUGGCCAGGAAUGUCAUUAUAUUUGCAUCCAUUCUGAUUAAUUUUCUUGGAGCCGUCAUCAAUAUUCUAUGGUGUGAUUUUGACAAACCAGUAGCCCUGAAGAACCAGACGUUCAAUUCAUCUGCAUCUUUUACGGACAUCUGUUCCUAUCCUGAGUAUUUUGUCUUCACUGGUGUGCUGGCAAUGGUGACUUGUGCAGUCUUUCUUCGUCUCAACUCUGUCCUGAAGCUGGCAGUACUUCUCAUCAUGAUUGCGAUCUAUUCUCUGCUGACUGAGACCAUCUAUGCUUCCCUUUUUCUGCAAUAUGACAACUUCAACCACAAUGGAGAGUAAGUCACAGACUUCCUGGGUACAAAGGAGGCAUCUUUACUACUGAUGGCAAUGUUCCUUUUAGCUGUAUUUUAUCAUGGUCAACAGCUUGAAUACACAGCAAGGCUGGAUUUUCUGUGGCGUGUUCAAGCAAAAGAAGAAAUCAAUGAAAUGAAGGAGUUAAGGGAGCACAACGAAAAUAUGCUACGGAAUAUUUUACCCAGUCAUGUUGCCCGUCACUUCCUGGAGAAGGAUCGGGACAAUGAAGAAUUAUACUCUCAGUCCUAUGAUGCUGUUGGUGUGAUGUUUGCUUCUAUUCCUGGAUUUGCUGACUUCUAUUCCCAGACUGAGAUGAAUAACCAAGGAGUAGAAUGUCUGCGCUUGCUGAAUGAAAUCAUUGCAGACUUUGAUGAGUUACUAGGUGAAGAGAGAUUUCAAGAUAUUGAAAAAAUUAAAACGAUUGGCAGCACAUACAUGGCCGUGUCAGGAUUAUCACCUGAAAAACAGCAAUGUGAAGACAAAUGGGGGCAUUUGUGUGCUCUUGCCGACUUCUCCAUAGCUCUGAAUGAAAGCAUACAGGAGAUCAACAAGCAUUCAUUUAACAACUUUGAACUCCGUAUUGGGAUUAGCCAUGGCUCUGUCGUAGCGGGAGUUAUCGGUGCUAAGAAACCCCAAUAUGAUAUCUGGGGCAAAACGGUUAAUUUAGCAAGUCGAAUGGACAGCACAGGUGUUAGUGACAGAAUACAAGUGCCUGAAGAAACGUAUCUGAUCCUGAAGGACCGGGGAUUUGCCUUCGACUACCGAGGAGAGAUUUAUGUCAAAGGUAUCAGUGAACAGGAAGGAAAAAUCAAAACAUAUUUUCUUCUAGGAAGAGUUCAACCAAAUCCUUUAAUCUUACAACCAAGAAAACUGACUGGACAGUAUUCAUUAGCAGCUGUUGUAUUAGGACUUGUACAGUCUCUUAACAGGCAAAAGCAGAAGCAAAUCCUUAAUGAGAACAAUAACUCUGGAAUCAUAAAAGGACAUUAUAACCGGAGGACUUUGCUCACUCCCGGUGGAUCUGAGGCAGCAGCCCAGGCAGAGGGGGCUGACAAAACUGAAUUGCCAUAA